AUGUGUCCAGUCCGGUUUAACACAGGACAAGAUGAAGAUGCACCAGAGAAAUGCUGUUUCAGUUUCUAUACCAGACCAAUCCCUGUAGCUGUUAUUAGUAAGUACGAAGAAACGAGCAACAACUGUCCAAGAGCUGGAGUGGUUUUUACCACCAGGAGGGGGUAUCGUGUGUGUACGGACCCCAGCUUUAAGUGGGUGAAGGAGACCAUGGACAAAAUUGAUGGCCCAAAUGUGGAAGGUUCAGCCUGAACUCAGCCAGGUGAUUAAAUCUUCCCUCUAUUAAUGGAAAAUUAACUCCUUUUAAUAUUCCAGCUCUUUAUUACUAUAGCAGUGUACUCGUCUCUGAUUGGGUGAAGGAAAAAAGCUUUUCUGAUUUUUAUUACGUUACCUUUGAACAUUAAGUACAGACUGGAGGAAUGUGGAAUAUAUCAGAAUAUAAUACAUGAAUCGAAU